AUGAAUGAAUUAUGGUACGAUUAACUGAAAACGGAGAUUUAAAAUCAGAAUCAAAGUGAAAGAGAUCCGAUAAUUAAAAAAUAACGAUAGGAUAUCAUUUCAUUACCAUAUUUGAGACAUCCAAAACAACUAAGAGUUAAUAGUAUUACAAAUCUAAAAAAUAUUUCAUCAGAUCGAUUUAAAUAAUAUUUAUAAUAAAUACAGCUUAAAAGGUUGGUGAAAAGAGAUUAAUUCAAAAAUAAUUAUUCUGAAACAGAAAUAUAUCCAUUUUUGAAUUUGUAAGCAAAAUAAAUGAAAUUUUCUGAGAAAGAAUUUAAAGCUAAUAACAUGAGUGUUUCUAUCAGUCAAUCCAAUAUUUUAAAUUAAGGUUAGAACCUUCAAACAAAUAAGAUAUCUUUCGCUAGACUCAAUCUUCAAUAAAAUAAUGUCCCUUAAGCAAUUACAAAUAAUAAGGAUUCUUCAAGAAGAAUUAAAACUUUUAAUCAAAUCGAAAUUGUAGAAACUGUAGAUUAACCUGAAAGCAAGUAGCAACUCUAUCUAAAAUUGAGGUUAAGAAAUAGUGGUAUAAAAUAAACAAUCAAUAAUUGGAUUAAAUAAAGAUAUAAUUUCAACAGAAAAUUUAAUUCCUGA